CCUCCCUCCCGUCUCCUCCGGUCCUCCCCCGUCGCCGUUGCCCUGCUCGUGCAGAGGGGGAGGCGCAGAGCCUUCACCGACCACUCCCGCGCAACCCUAACUCGCACUACAGUGGAGAGCUCGGGGUCCAGCCAAGUCCCCAGAGGCGGUGCCCAGCGGCACGUCGCAGUGCAGUGGGGCCGCGAGGCGAAGUCGCGCAGGGCGGCAGGCGGCAGGGCUCCGCACCUGCGGCAAAAUCGGAGCAGGCUGGCCAGUACGGUGGUUGGCGGCAGACUGAACAAAAAGGCAGCAAAGGAAGCUUGAAAAGGUUUGAGAGAUGUCAUUGGGUUACGCGAAGAAGCUGUCCUACCGGGAGGAAUUGGGUACUGUGGGAAUGCCCGAGAUCUUCGAUCCACCUGAACUAGUCCAGAAUAAGAUAGAAGAGCUUGCAGUCAUGGUACAAAAGAGUAAGCAUUUAGUGGUGUUUACCGGAGCAGGGAUAUCAACUUCAUCAGGUAUACCUGAUUUUCGAGGGCCCAAGGGUGUCUGGACCAUGCAGCGUGCAGGCAAAGGUGUUCCUGAUGCAUCACUCCCUUUCCAUCGAGCUGUUCCAAGCUUGACUCAUAUGGCACUCGUUGAAUUGGAAAGAGCAGGACUUCUAAAGUUUGUCAUAAGCCAGAAUGUUGACAGCCUACAUCUCCGUUCUGGUUUCCCAAGGGAGAAGCUGUCUGAAUUACAUGGAAAUUCUUUCAAGGAGAUCUGCCCAUGCUGCAAAACUGAGUACCUUCGUGAUUUUGAGAUUGAGACAAUAGGACUGAAGGAUACUCCGAGACGUUGUUCUGAUAAAAAUUGUGGAGCUAGAUUGAAAGAUACAGUUCUUGAUUGGGAGGAUGCUUUACCUCCUGAGGAGAUGAAUUCUGCCAAGGAGCAUUGUCGAUCAGCUGAUCUUGUCCUAUGUCUAGGAACUAGCUUGCAAAUUACUCCUGCAUGUAAUAUGCCUCUGAUGUCAAUCAAGAAUGGGGGGAGGGUGGCUAUUGUAAAUCUUCAGGCAACUCCAAAGGAUAAAAAGGCAAGCCUUGUCAUCCAUGGUCUUGUAGAUAAGGUCAUUGCUGGAGUCAUGACCAAGUUGAAUCUGCGAAUUCCUCCAUACAUACGUACUGACCUCGUUCAGCUUACUCUCCGGCAUUCACUAAAAAAGAAAUGUGUUAGAUGGACUCUCCGAGUAACCAGUACUCAUGGCCUCCGAGCACCAUUACCAUUUAUUCAGUCAAUUGAGGUUUCCUUUCCAGAAAGACCUGACAUGAAGCCUGUAGUGCUUAAGGAGCAACCAUUUUCUUUGCAGAGGGAAACAUCAAUGAAUAGAUCAUUUUUCAUGAUGUUGAAAUUGAACUUCAGUGAUGGCUGCAGCUGCUUGAGCUCAUCAAUUGGAUGGCCUGUUGAUUUUCAGAAGCAAAAAGACAGCUUUGUCAGAGAUAGAACUCUAGUCAUGCGAGAGUUGCAAUGUGCUGCGGAGCACAAGUCUUGUGCCGGGCAACAAGAGAUUCUGGAAAGGGAGAGCCUGCCAAGAGCCGAGACUGCUAUCCAUGCAAUCGUGACAGAUAUUGUUACUUACGACAUGGGAGAUGACAAGGUGCUGCUACCCAGGGACAAUGGAAUGAACAGCGGGAGCAGCAACACUGCCAAAAGAAACUUGGAAGGAACUGGUUGCUACCCAGCAGCGCCUAAGAAGCUCAAGUACUUUCUGAAAGAUGAGAAGCUGAACUGCUAGAAAGUUAAAAGCAUAGAGCAUGGAUGUUUGUUUUGGUUGUUAGAUGGGUUAGAUAGCAUAGAUGCAUGAGAAGUUAACUAGCAAAGAGUAGAUUAAGAAACGGUUGAACAUAUCUUUUGUUGCAUAGGAAAGUUGGCAGACAUUUUGUAUGAUACAACUAGCGUAGGUUACCUACCUCCGGUUGGGAACUCGGGCGAAACACUUGGUAUCAUGUUGUAGAGUGUUAAGAUGUUUGCGAAUCGAGUACUGCGGAUGCUAAUCCUCAUAUUUUGGGUGGUGGCUAUCGAUGAACUUAUGAAGCGUCCUAGGAUGUGUUUGGAUGAGUGAACCAAAUUGAUCAUGUAUGAGAUAGUUCACCUGGAUGGAAUGGUUCUGAAUUAAAUGAUACAAUUAUUUUAUUUGGUUGGCUGUA